GAUCCCCAUUCUCUAGGAUAAUUUAAAUAAUUUGCAAUCAUUGGGAAUUCACCACCCUCGCAGCUUCAACACGCGCUCUUAAUCAAAAAAGUACGAAUCCCAACAAGGCAGCAAUCUCCGCGCUUGACGUGCGUACACAUCGGUCUCGAGAGUACAGAUAAAUAAUCCACCACGUUUGCAAGUUUUCUCGAUUUGUUCGAAGCCAGACGAUAAUAUCACCACCGUCCAAGACCCAUUUCCUUACACGUCCCUAGUUCCCGGUUCCUCCCUUCGGCCUUUUGCUUCCGUGUUCAUGUCAUAUGGUUGAAACGGCCUAAUCUCUAAUCUUAUAAUCUUCUUCCUUUUCUCUAAUUUUUGUUACCAAACAAAACGAAAUUGAAAAUGGCGAUCCAUACAUCUGAGUUAUUAAGGCAAGUUCAGCAAGCUCACGAGUUUGACCGUGACGCUUUGUUUCGCUACGCCUCUGCUAAUGUUGCUGGUUUCCCCGUCUCUCCCUCCACCUUCAUCGUCAAACAGUUCGGGCACGGACAAUCGAAUCCUACGUUUCUGUUGGAAGUGGGAACAGGAGCCUCCGUUAAACGCUACGUUUUGAGGAAGAAGCCUCCUGGCAAAUUGCUCCAGUCUGCUCAUGCUGUAGACAGAGAAUAUCUGGUUUUGCGGGCGCUGGGGGAACACACGCGAGUUCCUGUUCCUAAAGUUUUCUGUUUGUGUACAGAUCCAAGUAUAAUUGGAACUGCAUUUUAUAUUAUGGAGUAUCUAGAAGGUCGCAUUUUCAUAGACCCUAAGCUACCGGGCGUGGCGCCAAACAGCAGGAGGGCAAUAUAUCAAGAAACUGCAAGAGUGUUGGCUGCUUUACAUUCUGCUAAUGUAGAUGCUAUUGGCCUGGGAAGAUAUGGACGGAAGGAUAACUAUUGUAAACGACAGAUAGAGAGAUGGACUAAACAGUACAUCUCAUCGACUGGUGAGGGCAAGUCUCCAAGAAAUCCAAAGAUGUUGGAGCUCUCUAAUUGGUUACUGCAACACAUUCCUCCUGAAGAUUCUUCUGGGGCAUCUGCAGGUCUAGUUCAUGGGGACUUUCGCAUUGAUAAUGUUGUAUUUCACCCCACUGAGGACCGAGUAAUUGGUAUUCUUGACUGGGAAUUGUCCACUCUUGGAAAUCAAAUGAGUGAUGUUGCAUACAGCUGUUUGGCUUACACAGUGGAUUUUAACCUUGACAAUAAACAAUUGAUUAAAGGUUUUGAACUUACUGGCAUUCCAGAAGGGAUUCCUUCACAGGCAGAAUAUCUUACAGAAUACUGCUCUGCAUCUGGAAAACCAUGGCCAGCUAAUGUAUGGAAGUUCUACGUAGCUUUUGCUAUGUUCCGUGCGGCAUCAAUUUAUGCAGGUGUACAUAGUCGAUGGAUUAUGGGUAAUGCUACAGGAGGUGAGCGUGCCCGAAAUGCCGGAAAUCAUGCUAAUGGUCUCAUAGACUCUGCAUGGGCUUUUAUUGCAAGAAAAUCUGUGCUUCCUGAUCACCCUCCAUCUGGCGCAAUUGCACUGGACUACGUAACACAAAUUGGCAGUAAGAGGAAAGUUCAAGGCAUUUCAGAAGAAACUGGGAGGUUUGUUCCCAGCAAAAAGGUGCUGGAAUUGAGAAAAAAAUUAAUUAAGUUUAUGGAAGAUCACAUAUAUCCUUUGGAAAAUGAGUUCUACAAGCUUGCUCAGUCUUCAUCACGUUGGACGGUGCACCCAGAGGAGGAGAGAUUAAAGGAGCUGGCAAAGAAAGAAGGAUUGUGGAACUUAUGGAUACCUUUUGACAGUGCCGAAAGAGCGAGAAAACUUAUCUUUGAUGAAAGUAGUUUUGCCGCCUCCAAUGGCACACAUGAUCAAUUACUUGGUGCUGGCCUCUCAAACCUUGAAUAUGGAUACCUUUGCGAGAUCAUGGGUCGUUCUAAUUGGGCUCCGCAAGUAUUCAAUUGUGGUGCACCUGACACUGGAAAUAUGGAGGUAUUGCUGCGAUAUGGGAACAAAGAACAGCUACUUGAAUGGCUUAUUCCUUUGCUUGAGGGCAAGAUCCGUUCUGGAUUUGCAAUGACAGAACCACAAGUUGCAUCAUCAGAUGCUACAAAUAUUGAGUGUUCUAUUAGAAGACAAGGGGAUUCAUAUAUCAUUAAUGGGAACAAGUGGUGGACAAGUGGCGCCAUGGAUCCUAGGUGUAAACUUCUUAUAGUUAUGGGAAAAACUGACUUCUCUGCAGCUAAGCAUAAGCAGCAAUCCAUGAUCCUAGUGGAUGUUCGGACUCCAGGCAUACACAUAAAGAGGCCACUCACGGUCUUUGGCUUUGAUGACGCACCUCAUGGUCAUGCUGAAAUUUCAUUUGAAAACGUAUUUGUGCCCGCAAAGAACAUCCUUCUUGGUGAAGGACGUGGAUUUGAGAUUGCACAGGGUAGACUGGGCCCUGGAAGAUUGCACCACUGCAUGAGAUUGAUAGGUGCUGCAGAGCGGGGAAUGGAGUUGAUGGUUCAAAGGGCUCUCAGCAGAAAAACAUUUGGAAAAUUGAUUGCUGAGCAUGGUUCAUUUCGUUCAGAUAUUGCCAAGUGUCGAAUAGAGCUGGAGAAAACCAGAUUAUUGGUUUUGGAGGCAGCAGACCAGCUUGAUCGGCUUGGGAACAAAAGAGCAAGAGGAACUAUUGCAAUGGCGAAGGUAGCAGCUCCAAACAUGGCACUGAUGGUGAUUGACAGGGCAAUGCAAGUACAUGGUGCAGCUGGUCUAUCAUCCGACACCGUAUUGGCACAUCUUUGGGCCACAGCAAGAACAUUGAGAAUUGCAGAUGGCCCCGAUGAAGUCCACAUGGGUACCAUUGCCAAGUUGGAAUUACAGAGAGCUAAGCUUUGAAGGAAUUGAUAGAUAUGAUUAAAUAAGGGCACAAUAAAUUAAAAGAGAAGUGGUAUAUCUCUGUAACGAUAAAUAAAAGCCUAAUGAGACAUAAUGUCAAAAAACACAUACCAAUGCCAAUACCAGCACACAAAAACUAGUGUUUAUUCUUGUUUCUAAAAAAUAGAUACUUACAUUUACCUUUAGAUUAUGUACAUUAACAAUUCAUAAUAUUCUGAUUUAUGGGAUAUGAUUUGAUUUCUUA